AUGUCGCUAUUCAAAUGGAAGUAAUAAAUUACUACUGCACUGUUGUGCGGUGUUUUCGUGCGAUACGACGCUUUAAUGAUACGAAAUAACAAUGUUAUAUUAUUGUCCGCAAACAAAAAGAGAUAACGCGGAAUUUCGUGUUUUCGCAGACGACGGUGGCAGCAGACGCAUUUCGGAUGGACGUGUACGGAGCGUGCGGCGGUUGAAGACCGGACGGCGAGUGCAGCAGCGGAGACGUGUACACGAGGCUCGGAGAAGUCGCCGGCGCCCGUAAUGAAGUCGUCGUCGACGACAAACACAGAAACGACGACGGUACUGCGAUCCUCGCUGACGCUGGCGCUGCUGUUGGCCGUGCUGUCCGGAGCCGUUUCCGGUACCGUGUCCAUCACCCGACACCACCGCGGCGAUUUGUUCGACGUUUCAGGUAAACGACUGCAACACGGAAAUAUUACGAUGUUAUGACGCGUCACCGUUAUCACAUAAUUAGGGUCACGAAAUAAAAAAUUGCAAUCGGAAAACGAUUUCGAGCAGGGUUCGGUAAACCGACUGGUAUAUUAAUAUGAUAUUGUACAAAACCAAUAGCACCCAUUGUUAUGGGGACGGGCACAACGGCCGGGAUGAAAAUUAUUCUAAACGCAUAAGAGUAGGCAUGAAAUAUUGUGCACAGAACGGUUUAUUCGCAUAGCUCCGAAAAUAACGAUUGCACUAUUGUUUCCAAUAUUUUCGGCUCUUCAGACGGACACCGAAUAAAACAUGUAUAUUUUUAUUCUUUGAGCAUAAUAAAUUCGUUAAUGUAAAUAGAACGAGUAUUUAGCGGCUAUGCUCGUGCACGUGCGACGUGUUGAAACUGACCGGCUUCUCGAUAAAUAAUACACGGUGUAUUUUCGUGAUGGACGAUUUUUUUUUUUUUUUUUUUUAAAUUUUUAUUACUGCAAUAAAGAUGUAAUAUUAAUUGCGUCCAACGGUACUUUAUACAUCCGAAAUCUUAUAAUAUAAUAUCAAAAACAUAUUGGGGAGGAUUAAUAUUGUCGUAAUGAACUGAGCGAUAUAAUAUUCAAGGGCACGUGUAUACGUACGUCAUUUUACGAGCAAUCUGAAAAUAUAGGUAGAAUAACGUUACGACUUAUGUAAGCGAGUUCCUUACGAUAUUAUACGGUUUUUUUUUUUUUUUUUUUAAUACGGAUUUCUCUCGGUAUCAAGGUGCGGCCAACUGUACCUAUAUCGUCGGAGUGUUUCGAAUUUUUCCAAAACGUGAUUCUGGUGGUUUUCCAAAAGGGAUACACGAUUUACCGUUGUUUGUUGAAUUCGUCCGAGCAACUUCAGCCGCAGGCUAUUACUACAACUGCAGACAAAUAUAAUAAUAACGAGACGAUCGUAAAUCAUCAAUAUUAUACGGUUAAAGCGGGUUUUGUUUUUUUAAAAAAUUUUUAACCGCGGACUGCUCGAAUGGCCCUUUGACGGCGAUACCGAAUUAUAACGACGGGGUCAUAAUUCAAAGAACGUACCGAAGAAACGAUCGCAAACUAUUAUAAUAUUGCAGAGGUGUGUUUUCGCAAGACGGCGACACGAGAACUCGACACUGCAAUAAUAAUAACAAUAAUAAUCAUCAAUCGAAAAAACCGCACUCUAUAUACGCGUGGCCGACAAAUCGAUUAAAAUUUAAAAGUAUAAUAACAUUAUUAUGUCCAUCGAAUUGAAACGUCUUAUUCUUAAACACGCAUUAAUGUUUAUAAUUAUUUACUUAUUUAUUUUCUGGUUUUUUUUUUUUUUUUUUGUAGAAUUAUUUUUUAAGUAAAAUUAUCACGUAAUAUUUCCGCAGUAUUUUAUGGCAAGUCGCACACUGUGCAUAUCUAUAUGUACCUGCACGAGAGAACGCCACACCAAGAUUUGUUGUUCGCAUAUGCCUCCCGUGCAUAUGAAAUAGAAAAUAAAAAAAAACAAGUUUAAGCAACCAUAAUAAUCAAUACUCAUCAGUCAUAAACACGAUCGGCAAUCGAUUUUGGAGCAAAAGAAAUCAUUUUUUUUAUUAACUUAUUUUUGUUAUUUCCACAAUCCGUUACGUACUUCAAAGUCUAAACAGUAACUGUAUUUUAUUUGAAUUCGAUAAUAAUAUAAUUAGAGACUUAGAAUUAAUUCCGUUGGAAAUGAAUUUUUUUUUCUAUACAACCUAUUACGAUAGUAUCAUUGCUUCAGUACCUAUACCUAUAAAUAAACUCAAUUAUUCUAUAUUCUAUGCCUUCAAAACUUCUCACUUACAAGCGUGGCCUGCCCAUAAUGCAAAGUAGGUCCAGAUUUUUUAAAAUCACUUUUCGAUAAUUUUAUAGCGUUUAAUGGAUACGAGCCAUGAUUUUUUUUUUUUUUUUUUACUCACACAAUAUUAUAUGAAACGCGUAUAUAAAAGACGAAAGGUAUCAAACGUCGUCGUGGCGACGUCUCUUAUGUUAUUAUACGUAGACAUUAAAAAUAUAUAAAAACGAUAAAUUAUAUAAACGUCUUUGCGAUCGAAUAUAUUAUAUACUUAUAUAGGUAAUUUAGUUUUUAUAUUUAUUUGUAUAUAUAUAUAUUUUUUUUUAUUAUUAUUAUUUGCAGUUACCGUAUUUUUAUAUACACGACUGGUACAAAUCCGCUGGCUAAUUGCACCGCGGCCAAUACGUCGCGUAUAAUUUAAAAAAAAAAAAAAAAUAAAACCAUAUAAAAACAUUACCAAAGUAAAGUACUAAUAAAAUAAUAUAAUUUAAUACUUCUCGAUUUAAAAUACAAUAUAGGUAUACUAUUAUUCCUGGAAAUAUUGUAAAACAUAUAGUAAUAUUCCAUCUCAUUCCGUCCACGACAAAGUUCAACAACCCGUCUUUAAGUAUGUAUUUCCCUUUGACUAAUAACAUCUUUAUCGCCAGUCACGUGCAUAAUAAUAAUGCAAUAUAGAUACUAAACUGAGCUAAACUAUUUUCGGGUAUGAAAAAUUCGGUGGGACGGCAGUAAUUCAAAAUUAGAAAAUUCGCAAAAUACAUAUUUGAACAAACCAUGCGAUUAUUGAAGUUUAAUAUAAGUAUAUUAACUUGUGGCUGUACGCACAAGUAAACGGUUGGAACAAGAUUUCUGAUCGAGAAAUUGUUAACAAAUAGAAAAGAACACGUCGUAAUAAAACUAUAUACACAUUACUAGCUUCGUUCAGAAUUUAAACAAUUUCUCUUGAGUAAGAGUAAUAAAGUACUUGUCUACGUAUAAUUUUUAACCUAUGCAAAUAUUAUGUUAACACUCGCAAGUCUCAAAAAAGAAUAUAAUAUCUAAUUAUUAUCAAAUAUAUUUGAAUUAAAUGAUUCGCAAAAACAGUGGUGGGGUUUUGGUGAGGGGCCCAUAGGCGCCGUAAAACCUCGUCACCCCCCCCCCUAAAUACUUCGACGAUGUCAUUUUAGUCAUUACGCAUUGUUGUUAAAUCAUGAACUAUGAAUAUUAUAUUAUAUAAUAUAUAUGUAUAUUUUUUUUAAUAUGUAGUUAUAGAAAUUAUCAAUAUUACAACCACCACUAUCGAUAUAUUGAGUUGUGACGCACCUCUAUCGUAAAACUCAUUCACUGUUCUACAUACUAUGUCUGCAUCAAAAUCAUCCAAUUCAGUCAACGGUUUUACACGUUUAUACGUCUUACGCGGAGACUAAAUUGAUGACUAAACCAAUAACGAAGGCAAACAUGAUAUAAAAAACCGUAUACAUAAGCGAAGUCGCCCAUUGUGCUGGUUGACCGCACACCACCCAAAUAUACAUAUAUCGAUCGCUCUUCGCGUAACUCAGUUUGAAAACUCCCGUUUAUCGAAAAAAAAAAAAAAAUCGUUGCUAUCAUAUUUGCCAGCGGUCUAUUUUCAUUCUCCCGAAAUCAUAUGUAGAUUUAUAAUGAAAACCACGUAAACUCAGCGGUACUCGGAAAUAAAAAAAUACUCGCGAAUAUUAUCGUUCCGAAACACAUUUCAGUAGGCGUAUUAUACAACUACGAUGUUGUAAUUGAAUAUAAAAACUUUAGGUCAUUCCGAAAUCCAAAGCCACGGGAAAAUAACGAAAUCCACGCGAGUUCUUACAUUAUUUCUCAAAAACCGUAAUCUUGUUUGCCAACACUGAAUACACAUCCCAUCCCGCACUCGGCCGCUAUAUAUACAAACUGACGAAGACGAUUACGAUUGUUCCUCAUUUAUUGUGCAGGCCAAGAAUAUAUACUGACUGUGGUUUUUGAGCUAGUCCAAAAAAUCUGUCACCGAUAAAGUGUGAAUGACAAACAUAAGUGUAUACGAAAAAAAAGACGUAUGAAUAGUUCUGGACACUCGAGUCGGCAGCAAGUUCUACUCUGUGCCUUUUAAUCAGCUAGGCGUCCUUACAGAGGCUGAUGUAGAUAUGAGUAAAUGUAAAUUCUCCUAAAAAGAUUUUUUUUACCGUAUUAUAUGUGUAACGCAAACUCCCUUGAAAACAGUAAAACACCAUUCGAUACCGCAAGCCGAUUUAAAGCAAUGGUUUGUAACGUAUUCUUAUUCAAUUUUUUUUUUUUUGCAAAAUCUUAAUUUUUUAACUAGUAGUAAUAAUAAAUUUAGUACAUUAUUUAACUCAAUUUUUGCAGAACACAAUAAUUAUUGUAUAAAUUGUACAAUAAUUAUGAUAAAAGGAAGUAAAAAUAGAAAGAAAAUUAUAAAAAUUAUGUUUCAUUAAUGUCUUUUACUCUGUUUAUAGUAAUUAUUGAUGAAAUCGUUUUAAGAGAGUUACAAUAAUUAUAAAUGGACAAUGAUAAAAAAAAAAUAACUGAAAAUAGUUAAUGUAACACACAAAAUACGUAUGUUUGAGACUGUAUUAAAGUACACCAAAGAUUCUCAUAACGGCUAUAACCCAAAAUCCAUCCGGCGAGUUUAAAUAGUUGCAUAAAAUACGCGGAUCGGACUAAUGCACUAUCCGCACAGAGUGCAACUAUACCCGUUUAACUAGUGUAUAGUUUGUUUCACGUUCGAUUUAACCGUUUGUGAUUUUUUUUUUUUCGCACAGACGUGAAAUGUUCAAUGGAGACUUGCGUCGGGGUGAGUAGCGGUACGGCGUCCCAGGUGGAUUUCAGCGGCAUUGACGAUCCGGUUCCAGCCAUCGGCAGGGGAAAACAACAUAUUCCCGGGACGACCGCAGGGGCGCUGUCCAAUAGCGGCUGCCGGUGCCAGUGCAUCCAACCCGUGCCCGUGUUCAGAGACGAUUUGAGAAUAUGUGUAGACGAUCUACAAGGUGAGUGUGUCCGGACUGUUUUGCAAUGGUCGGGGAGACAAGGGAUAGGGAUUUACCGGUUUGGGCCGUUCGAUAACAUGACUGACGAUGAAAAUUACAGAGACCAAUCAGAUACGAAAAACAUUCGAAUUUCAUAAAUUACGAUUAAAAUGUGUAAAAUCAGAUAGGGAAAUAGUACAACCAUUGCCAGUAGUAUUGUAAAAAUAUCGAGCUAAAUAACCUGCUGUCUACGAAUAUUACGAAAGUGAACAUAUAAUAUUAUAAAUUAUUAUACGCAGUGAAUACCUGCAGAGAAUUCGCAUUUUUCAAGGUAACUAGGUAAAUAUUACCCUUCUAUACAAAUUUGAAAUUUACCUAUCAAAUGAAGGACAAUGUUCGCGCGAACCAAUACAAUUAUAUCCUUUAGGUAAAUAACUCAAUUUCUCUUCGGUCGGCAAAUGUUUAAGUUUGUCCCGAUAACCCGGUCCAACGAAUAUUGAAACGACGCCAAUAUAAACGGAAACUGAUUACGAUUUGUUUUAAGUAAUUUAAAUACUGUCAAAUAGGUUCGCCAUUUCUUCGUGUAAUAACAAACGAAAUCAAUUACAGAAAACGCUUAUUAGAGAUAGGCCCAGAUUAACGCCAGUGUAAAUGGUACCCUUGCACUUGACUCUCAAAAUACAGGGGCUCGAAGAUUUAUUCUCCGUCCACCCAUUUUUUGUUAUUGGAGAUUUAAUAUUUCACUGUUAUUUAUCUCAGCAAGACAAAACAAUAUAUAUAUAUAUAAUACAUCUCAGAUACAGUCGGAUAUAUAGAAGACACUUAGUGGACCGUCGUUUACAGAGUAUUCUCAAACUGUAUAAUUUGAAUAAAGAUCAAUGGUUAACGCGGAGUGGGCAUACUCCCUGAAAAUUGUUCCUGCGUUCGUCCUUGAUAUAAAUACCUACAUAGAUUAGAGUCCCGACUCGGAUUGUGCACUUGACCACCGUUUCAGUUAAUCAGACACUAACUAGAGGCAUGCAAUACAAAUUAAACUUGUCUUGUGCCGCCUGCGAAUCACUUUACGUGAGGAAAAACGUUUACUUUCACGUAAGUCGCAACAAUAACGGCGGCGUCGUCGCAGUUUAUUGAAUAUCGUUGCCACUAAGUGUUUGUUUCGUAGAAAAAAAAAAAAAAUAUAUAUAUAUAUAUAACUAUACUAUUAUAUAUUAUUUAAACAUCCCGACGGACGACGAUGCGGCCGGCAAACAAAGCGUAGAAAAUUCGAUCGGUCCUGGAGAAAUCCGAAAAGAAACAAUAUAAUGUAUGCGUGUGUUUGUGUGCGUGUGUGUGUGUGUGUAAUAAAUAGUAAUAAUAAUAUGAUAUGUGUCUAAUGUUUAUUAAAAUAUGCAUUUAUCUUAAAAUAUAUAACGACGCUAACCUAGUAACACGGUUCCAGUGCAUCUAUGUGGACCAAUUGAUUUCUGCAGAAAUCAUACCGUCGUCGAAACGUACAAUAUAAUAUGACGCGAAUUAAACGCUAAAAGAACUUUGUUUUAUCGAGCAGAAAAAACUAAACGAAAUAAUACAUUACUCGAAUAGAACCACGAAUCAUAUAAGAACAAAAAUUCUCGGUUCAAAUGGUGUCUGUUUAAAAAUUGAGCUAGAGAGGUAGGAGAAAGGGAUUGCAUCAUUUUGACUCAGGUUUCUGACUCCAAGGAGCCCCCCCUCACCGGCCGCAAUCUACGAUAUUGUUUUCGUUCAUAAUACUUACCUACUGUUAAAUAUAUCAAUUUUUUUUAGAUUUUAUUUACGAUGUUAGAAGAACAAAAUCAAUAAUAAAAGUUUAAUUAACUUAACUAUGUAAGCAUUAGGACACAUAUUCGAAAAACUAUACCACGACUACAUUGGAAUUAUUGGGUGUACUAUAAUACAAUCGGGAUUUUAAAAAUUCGUAAUUUAUUGUAAAUCCAUAAUUCAUAUUUUGAAACUUUUAUUUUUAAUUAUUUUAGUUAUGCAUUUUGAAUUGUAGGUAAAAUCACAAUAAUCUUUCUUUUUAAAUAAAUUCGUAAACUAAUGAUAAUAUACCAUUAAAAAUGUAGCGAUUUUAAAUGUAUAAAUCUAUUGGAUAAUAAUAGUUAUAUAUUUAUUAAACAAACUAAUUAUAUUUUUUUACCAUUCAAUAUUAACUGUUAGUUUCAUCUAAAAAAAAAAAAACAAAACAAAAAAAUGGUUUUGAAAAUUCCAUUGGAAACUCGUGAUACUUGCCAUAAAAGCUUCGGUAAUCAUGCAAUUUCUCUAUUUUUAUAAACAACAAAUGUACGAUGAGCAAAAAUUCUAGUUAUAUUAUAUAGACGUCUAAAAAAAAGUAUAAAAAUACAUUUGUGAUGUACAUUUCGCACAUGUUAAAAAACUGAAACCGAAACCGAAUCGAUUUACGCUAUUGACCCAUAAUGCGAAUGUGUUACCAACAAUUACACGGUGAAUAAUAAUAAACUCCGUCACGCACACCAAAUAACAAGUCCUAAUUUUUAAUUUUUCACAAGUAAUUGGAAUUAAAAAGAAAAAAAUAUAUUUAGAAUAUUUUCCCAGUUAAUAUUUAUUCCGUUUGGAUUUACUAUUUUAGUUUAAAAAAAAAAAAAUGAUAGUUUCGAUAAAUUGUUCAUUUAUCAAAUUAGACACAUGGAAACAUGUUUCAAUCAUAUUAUGAUGCUUAAGAACAUUAAUGAUAAAAUAAUAUAGCUAUGCAAUAGUUAUCAACUAUAUAAUCUUCCGUUCAAUUAGAUUAUGUUUAAGCAUUACAUUAUUUUCAUUAACAAACCGGCAAAUUAAACCAAUCAUUUAAAUUCAAAUAACAAAUCGAAUGCACUAAAUUUUUGCUUACAGACCAAAUUUGAAUCAAAGCUACACUAUACACACAAUAAAAACAUAACUUAAAAAUAAAAAGUAGUUUCUUUUGAAAUAAAUUUCAAACUAAUAAAACAAAGUCGAGCAAUGGGGCAAACCAAUAUUAUAGGUGGUAAGUUAAGAUUGUAUAUUAUUUUUAUUUAGGGUACCUAUUUUAGUUAAUUUACUGAAAGAAGGGUUAAAUCUUUGCAAAAAAAAAAAAAUAAUAAAAAAAAUAAAUAAAGAUUCUGAGUAAUCAUAACCUAACUCGGUUAAAUAGCUAAGUUAGAUGAAUUUUUUAUAUAUCUAUAGGAAAUCAAAAUUCAAACGUGAGAGCCACAUUUAGAAGUUGAAAAACCAUACUUCGGGAUGCUGCGAGAUGCCCGUCUGCUCAUCAAAUAUGUAUAUAAACAAUUUCAAAUAAAUAGUAACAUCGUGCAGAAAACAUGAAUGUUUAGUAGGUACUAUUAAACAACAGUCGAGCACCUAUUCGACUGUUGUUUCAAAAAAAAAAAAAAAAUGUUAAAACCAAGAACGAAUAUCUUCAAACCCAGAUAUUUUCGACAUGAAUAACUUGAUAAUUAUUUCUAUUUUAGAAAAAGUAUAUAAAUAUGUUAUAUAAUACAACAUGUUUAAUUGACAGUUGACUGAACUAGACAAUUUUUUUUUUUUUGGUACUCAUAAACUCGAGUGCUCGACUUUUGAAUUCAAUUAGGAAAAAUGAAUACUGGGUUCGACUAGACUCGAUUUCAAAAAUCAAAACUAGCAUAACUCUACUAAACAAUGACUAAAUCGUCGAAUAUAUGUUCGUAUAUAAGAAUAAUACACGCUUUAGAACUCAACGCAUUAACAUUUAACAAUAUAUUUUACUUACGUCUUAUUUGACAUCAAGCUACACAAUACGACUUUAUCGCCAUCGUUUGCCAGUAAGAUGUUUUAAAAAAACCUAAUAAUUAGGCGCGAACGGUCAGCGGUAAGCCGACAAUUGGGAACGGUCAACUGUGUGUAUAUAGAAAUAUUAUAGGAUAUUAUACACACUUAAUUCGGGUCAUAAAAAUACGCAUUUGUGUAUUGCUUGACGUGUAAUCCUGCCUAUUUUAUUGACUUGUUUAUUAUUACUAUACAGAGGCUGAUGACCCGUUAAUCAGAAUUAUAUUCCUUUACCCGAACUGCUUAGAAAACAGCGCGGUCGCGCAACAACCGUUUGAAAUUCCAUUAAGAUUAGACAGUAAGAAAAACUACGGGAUACGAUAAAUUUAAUAGUCCUUGUUUUAAAAUAUUGCUGCAAUUAAAACCAAUAAUAUUUUUAUGAUAACGUUAAAAAAAAAACAAAUUAGUGUGACCAUAUUUAAACUAAAAUAUUAUACGCAAUUUGUAUUACGUCGUUAUAAUAAGGUAUAAACGCCCGUACUUGUAUCAAAUCAGUAAUGUCGACAAGCUUCGUAAACGGUGUAUAGACAAACAAACCCGCUAAUAUCGCACUGUAAAACAUAUAUUUAUAGUAUUUGUUUGCAAAAUGUAAUGUUUUUUUUUUCAUAAUUUGUUCACAGAAUGUUCGUUAGCUUCAUUUGUAUCCGGUACGACGGUGCAAAAAAUACCAUACGUAUUUCUACCGUUACAAGGACAAAUCGUAUAUCCUAGUGCUGAAAUUAAAAUCCCCGGUACGUACUUUUUACAUUUUGUUAUAUACUAAGUAAUAGUAAAUACAGUAUAAGUACUAACGUUUAAUACAGUUUAAAUCGCGGUCUCUGCAAUAAUUGUAUUAUUAUUAUUAUUUAAUAUGUAUACAGGUAUAUUAAAUGCAUUGCCACACUUGAUAUACACUAAGAACAAUUGAAAAUAUAUAUUAAACUAAGUUAGUUUUUUCAGAAUUUAAUAUAAAUAAUGUAUUAUCAACGCCGUAAUGUUUCAACUCAAAAUUUUCCUAUAUAGGCGGAUAGUCUGAACAGUAUUCUUCUCGCGUAUAGUUUUAUUUCGAAUGUGUAUUAUAAUAAUAUUGUUGGUAUAAUUUAAACGAAUUAUGUUAAAUUAAUUUUUAAUUUAUAAUAGGUAAACUUGUAACUAUGAAUAUUCAUUCCUAUAGUGAUCCUAUAGUUCUUUGCAAUCAUAUCUUACUUAAUAAAUUAUACAAAUGAGAAAAUUGGUUUGGAUGUAUGAUUGUUACCACUUUUCACCCAAACUACUGAACGGAUUGAACUGAAACUUUGCACAGAUGUUCAAGACUAGGAAUAAUGUUUAGGCAACCUCCUUCCCUCCCUCCGUAUUCGAGUCCUAAAGUGAGGAAGGGGUAAAACAGGGUUAUUGGUAUUUUAGUACAAAAAUCGAAAUAGUUUUGUUGAUUUAUGAGUAACCUUAGUGGUACGCAUGAAUUAAAAAAAAAAAUUUAAAACUAACAAAACAGGAAAAUAAAUGUUAUUGAUAUUAUUGGGCUCAAGGUAACCCAUAAAUAUAGGGAUGAUAAUUUUUCAAUUAUUUCUUUUGGCGUGGACGGGCAUCGCAAUUGGUAAGUAAUAAUUAUUACCUAUAUUUUUUUUAUAUAAUUAAUAUCCUAAAAAUUUAACUUAUAAUUCAACAAAUUAAACUGUAAAUAAAUAAUAAACGUAUUAUGACUUCAAAUGAGACCAAAAUAUUAUAAUAUUAUACAUAAAAAAUAACUGACUACAUAUUGUACAGUUUAAGCCAAUACUGCGAUUACGAUUUCGAAGAUUCCAGCGGGCCUGGUUUUAGAAGAUGGUUUUAGUACAUCAUUUUUAAGACGGUGCGAGAUUUUAACCAUAGGCUAUAUACGAGGUUGUUCAAAGAAUGCCAAUGUUUAAAUUGCGCGUCAACAGAUUGUCGGCAAGCAAUUUUGACGAAAAUCAUAAAUCAAAACAUGUAUAACCGAACUUCUCUCCGAAUCGUUUUUCAUUAGCACUGGUAGAGCAGCUGUCGGAUAUAAAUUAAUUAAAUAAGUUGAUGUACCCUAUCAUCCCAACUCCCUCUCCCUACUACAGUGGCAUACCGAUCACCAGCAUCAGCACUUUUUUAAUUUUAUUGUUGUCGAAUUUUUUUUGAAAAUACUAUUGCACUAAAUUUUGUUGCAUAUAUCUUUUUCUCGGAAUGAGCCUUGUGAAAUGUUGAAAUUUCUCUGUAAACCAAGGUUAUGUCAUCACAACAGAAGAAAAAAUCUUCUCCAACUCUCCACAAAAAAAGGUUUUCUUUUGGAUUCGUUACAAAAUCACCAAACAUGAAAAACGUAUUUUACAAAAACAUCAGUCACUUCAAAACGAAAAAGGUUAUAGAGAAUCUACAAAAACAAAUAUGUUCAGAAGGUUAGAUUAGGGCACUAAAAAUAUUAUAAAAUACACGUUUGAACUUAAAUAUAUUUAUCCUAUUUCAUAAUUAUUGGAAUAGAAUGUAACUGAAGAUAUUCUCACAAAUAAAUGAAUGUAUAGUUAAGUUAAAAAAUUGAAACACAAUAAUAAAUUGUAAAUUGAACCAAAUAAAUAUACCUAAUCGAAAUAAUUUAUAGAAGUAUUUUAUUGAUGUUAAAUUUAUACGAGUAUAAUAGGAUAUACUACGCAUUAUAAGAAAACACGUGCGGUAAUCCUAAGGGCAUUAGUAUUGAUAAGUAAUGUUUUUUUUAAAUUUAAAUUUAAAUGUAACUUCCUAAUAAUAAUAAACUAAGACGAGUUUAAAUUACGUAGCGAUUGCCUAGUGAGUUAAUACAAUUCAGCCGGUUAUUUCACCUGAAUACUCCACACUUAAAUACAACCGUCGUCAACGCUUGUUUACAAAUAAAAUGUUACGAAUAAUUUAUUUUCAAAUAAAUUAACACUGUCACAAAUACCUCGUGAUAUGUAAAUUCAGUUGGGUACCAUUAAAAAAUAUAAAAACACAAUCAAGACAUAGCACAAAUAAGACGAGUUUUACCCUAGUUUAAAACAAAACAACUUAAUAACAUUCAUGUUUUAGCCGGCAGCGAUCAAAUUAUGUAUUUAUCAUAUUUCCGGCCUUGGUCAAUAGGUGGUAAUGUCAUUUAUCUUCUUAGUCGUAAAUCAAAUCAACUUUUAAUUACAACUAGGCGUGAUUUUUAUCAACAGAUUAAAGAUGAACCAAUCAAACAUUUUACAAUUUCUGUUCCACAGACAACAAAAUAUAAUUUUCUUAUAAAAUUCAGUUUUUCACUUGUUUUCUUAAAUUGUUAAUAAAUCUAAAUAUUACUUAUAGUCCUAAUCCCGAUCCUAAAAACCUAACAGGGUUUUAUUAACUUCAGCUUGCUUGUAUCUAAUAUUUGUAUAACUUAAGAAUUAUCACUUAGAUUAAUAAUACCUUAUAGCAACAUGGGUGUCCAUUAGGGAAGAGGGAAAAUAGGAGGUAUGUUCCCCUGGCUUUUCCGUAUUUAUUAUACAUUAUACGUAUGAAACGUUUAACAGUUUAACGGAAUGGUCAACAUCGUUAAAAAAUUAAAUUAAAAAUAAUACACUGGCUUCCCCUGGGUUUUUGAAAAUGGACACUCUUGAACAAUAAAAAACUAAUGGAUGUUAUAUUUUCCAGGUCUGCAGUAUCCAAUUUGCACUAUAUCCAAAGCGAAAUAUUUAACACGUGGUGGCUGGGUGAAUUUUAAAAAUCAAUCAAACUUCGAAACCCCUUUCCAAAUACACCGAGAAAAUGGUCACAUUAUGUUAUUAGUGAGUUAUUUUGUCGGUAACAUUGUAUGUUUUAUAAAUAAACAACUCACUUAUUAAAAAUACUGCAUAAUAUUUAGAGAAAUUAAAUCAAAUGGUUUUUUAAAUUCCAUUUGACAAUUGAAUAAUAGUGUAUCAUAAUACACAUUAUUUUAACAUAGUAAACUAAACCAAAUAGCUAUAUUUAUAACUAUCAGAUAUUAUAUUAGGGUCAGAAAACUGGAUAUAAUAUACAAGUGCCUAACAAUAUACAUAAAAAACGAAUUCAUUUAUUUAUUUAUUUAAAUUACGUCUGGUUUGUUUUAGAUUUAUGGCGUGCUUCAUAAUAUCUCACAACGAUAGUAAUUAAAUUUAUGUUAUUUUGGUAAAAUGAUACAAUCUAUGUACCGUAAUUUUAUUUUACCCUCUUGCCCUUCAGACUAGUUUUUUUCGAACAAUUCGUUACUAUAUAUAAAUACUAGAACUAUUAGUCAAUAAUAUACUAUUUUUGAAAAACGGAUAGAAAAAGCUAUAAAAAAUCAUAAAAUAAUCAUCUGGGUUAAAAUACGUUAUAAAUAAAACGUAAUACCUACUGGUAUCUUACCACCAGAAGUUGUAUAUUUUAAUUAUUUUAAACAUGUGGAAAUAACAAGAAACCUCUAUACAUUCUUAUUCGUGUGAAGCAGAAAUACAUCAUCCAUAAAUUGACUAUAAUAUCAAUAUUUGUUGUGUAUUGUGUAUUUAAACAUUUUUAAAAUAUAUUAUUUAUAUUUGUAUAGUGGUUAGGCGAUUUUCAAUCAAGGGCGAACAUUGAAGGACGACUGGUGCUAAUCGAAAUGAUUUGUAAAGAGACGUUACAAGAUUAUGAUAACGAUUUUCACCAAACCAUAACGCCUUGUAUUUCAUUCAGAAUAGCGGGAACUCCAAGUAACUAUUAACAAUUAUAAAAUAUAUUUUUUAAACUAAGUGAAAUUAUUCGCGUUACAGGUGUAAAAGAAGUUUUAUUCUCCGCUGACAUAAGGACAACAGACAAUACUCCUAGUUCAGGACUAACAAUAAGCGAACUUAUAGCAGUCGCUAUUUGUUCUAUUUUGUUAGGGCUAAUGUACGUGGCAUCAAUUUUGUUAUAUUUACAUGUUCGCAAAGGAAAGCCCAAAGGAAGAAAUGGUGAUAUAGAGGCAUUUAAAAAUCCAUUAAUGUCAAACGGCAUUACCGAAGAAGGUAUUGUAAAGAACAACCCUCUGUUACAACAUAGUUACAAUGAUAACGAGGCUUACGAAUCGGAUGAAGAUAGAAAUUAUAAUAUGAAUCUGCAAAGAGAACCUUCCAUGGACAUGAUGGAAAAUAAUAAUAAUGUAAGUAAUUUAAACUGAUAUAUAAAUAAAUAAUGAAAAUAUGAAUUAAAUUCCAUUACAUUUAUAACAGAGAAAUUUAACAACGGCUAUUGUACACCCUAUUCAAUCUUUUAACUCUGGUAUUACACAUUCAAUGUAUUAUUCGGAUUCAAAUUCCAUAGAAAAACAUCCAGAAGAAGACAUUUCAAUAGUAGAAACGUUGGACAAUAAAGAAGAUCAUCCAGAUAAUAUUAGAUCAAUAAUGUGUGCUAAUCCAAGAAAAAAACUUUAUUUUAAUCCGGACUAUUUUGAAAUUGAAUUAUUAAUGGUAAUAAAAAAAAUUAUAUGAAUGAAAUAAUAUGUAAAAACUCAAUAUUUAAAAUUAUAAUUAACAAUUUUUUUCAGGCUCCUCCACCGGCGGCAUUAGAAUUUUUAGAUAAGAUCCGUGAAGUUAUACAAGAAGCAAAAAAGAAAAUAGAAACAAAAAAAUUUACACCAAAUCUCAUCAUGAUACCAGAAGAUGUUAAUGAAGAUACAAACGAACAGUCGAAUUCUUGUAAUAAAUGCAAAACUCAAUUUAAAAUUAAAUCAGCUACAAUACAAAAAUGGUUGAUGAAUGUGCCUACAGAAGUUACCAAACCCAAAAAAAAUCAAGCUCCGUGCCCUCCCGUAGAUUCGAAAAAAAAAGAUCAAGUAACAGAUGACGUUCAUAUAAAAUUUAAGAAUGAACUAAAAUCAAAUACUGACGAAGAGAAUGACGAAGAAAACGACGAAGAGGGUAUAAACAUUGAGUGUGAUAGUUUAGAAAGAUCAAUGAAUUACAGACAGCAAUGUGGAUAUCAUACACCAUCUGAAUACGAAAUGGUGAGGCCAGAUUUAAGUCCAGUUUUAAGCAAUUCUGCAUUGCCAUUGGAAGAAGAACUUACAAUCAAAUCGGCGUAUACUUAUGAUACUAUCACAAAAAAAGAAAGUUAUUACGAACAUAUAUCGGGCCCGGAUUGUGUACGAGAAAAACCAAAAAAGGAAACGUUACCUGAUAUUCUGAAUAGAUCUUCUGAGCGGUAUAGUUUAGUCAGCGAAGUAUAUGUAAAUGAUAAUUUUAAUACCAGUAUGUCUCCAAAAAAUACACUAGAUAAAAACAUAAAAAAAAAAAGUUCAGGUCAAAUAACUAUUGAAGUCGAAGACUGCCCCGACAAUCAUCCUGUAGUAGAGGAUUCGGAUAGCUUCGAACCAGAUACAUUAGACAGACACUGUACUAAAAUUAAACCUAAAUUAAAAAUAGCAAACCCAUCAGAUUCGUUUGAACAAUACAGUAGUCCUAAAAACAUAAACAACGGAUUUGGUAGUUUACUAGAGAUCUACGAGGCGAAGAAUGUCAUGGCUGAUGUGCAAAAAAGAUGGAAUACUAAUCAAGUAGAAGCUAAAUACUUAAAACCUGAUCCAAAACAUUGCCGAAGGCAAAGGUGCCCGUCACCACAGUCCGUACCAAAACCUCCAAAAAACGCGUGUGUCAGAAGCACUAGCAAACACGGACUCAUGCAAUUGGAUUGCGUCCGCUCUCAAUGUAACCGGCGAACACAAGAUACCAAGGCUGGUGCUUCUGACAAACAAACAGUCAAAAGUUUGCCUGAUCAUAACAGAUAUGAAGACUCUGGAUAUCUUAGUACUGAAUCCAAUGAAUCAUUUGGAAAAGUGAUGGCUACGAGUUUAGAUACCGAUGAAUCUGGAGCAGAAAGCAUAGAUACAGAUUUCAAAUUUUUCAAAACACGUACAGACCGGAAUUAUUGUGAUUGGUAA